UGCUAUGGGCUUGUCCGUGGACGUGGCCCCUCACUUCAGUUUUUCCUUUUGAAAUAGGUUCUGAACUGCACAUUUUGCAAAGUAGGAUAACUGUCGACGACAAGAACUAGUAAUUUAUUGAGACUGCAGUUCUUCUAAAGGAAACUUAUUUUAUGUUGACGUUUGCAGUCAUUAGGUUACCUCUGAGAUACAGGGUGUGUUGAAGUGAGUAAUCUUGGGAGUUCCUUCUCUUCUCCUCUGUUUAAGUUUAGUGAAGGAAUGACUAAAUCUGUAAAAGGACACCGAGGCGUCUGAAUGGAGAAAAUGGAGAACAAAGAUCUCGAGAUAAAUUUCGAAGAAAAACUAACACUGUCAGACAAAGGUCUGCCCCCCACCCCCGACAGCAGCGCUAAUGGCUUGGACGCAAGCAGCCCGCUCAAAGCAGAUGACACCACCAUCACAGACUCGUCCCUGGUGACGGACCCCCCCUCAAAAACAGUCCCCACCAGCAAAUCAGACGGGCGGCCCUCCACACCAGGCAACAGCAGCAGCCCCCAGCCCAAGAAAGAUGGGAUGAACUCAGAGCAGAAACAGAAACAGGCAAAGCAGCGGAGAGAAGAAAGAGCAAAGUACAUCGAAGAGCGUACGCUGGAGCAAGCUGCGAAGAAGGCCCAGUGGCUGGAGAAGGAGGAGAAGGCGCGACGGCUGCGUGAGAGCCAGCUGGAGGACCGGCGCAGGAGGCUGGAGGAGCAGCGGCUGAAGGCCGAGAAGAGACGCGCCCUCCUGGAGGAGCGACAGAAGGAGAAGCUCGAGAGGAACAAGGAGAGGUAUGAGGCUGCCAUCAAGAGGUCAACCAAAAAGACAUGGGCCGAGAUCCGACAGCAGCGAUGGUCCUGGGCCGGCGGCCUCAACCAGACGUCCCGCAGAGAAAGCAGAUGCUCGGCCUCCACGGUCAACCUGCCGCGACAGCUGGAGCCUGUCAUUAACAACAGGCUGUCCAAGUCCUCUGCCACGCUCUGGAACUCGCCCAACAGAACCCGCAGCUUGCGCCUGAGCCCGUGGGAGAGCCGCAUCGUGGAGCGGCUCAUGACGCCAACCCUCUCCUUCCUGGCCCGCAGUCGGAGCGCCGCCACACUCCACAACAGCAGUGACUCCCACUUGCAGUGUUCCCGCUCCCCGUCGGCGAGCCCCCUGACGGUCUGCUCCCAUCAGCACCAGCACAGCUCCGAGCGCUGGAGGGUCUCCACCAGCACACCCGACAUCACACAACGCCAGCGCAGACGCCACUCCACACCUGUGGAGAAAAAGACAAAAGAGAAGAAAGACAAAGAGAGGGAAAAUGAAAAAGAGAAGAACGCUCUGACAAAAGAGAAAGUGCUGAAAAAGAGACAGUCCCUCUCUACCCCCAGAACAAGAACAGAACUCAGUGCUGCGACAAAACCCAGAAACAGAACUUCAUCACCAGCACCCCCCAGAAGCAGACCCCUGUCCCCCUGCCCCACCGUCACCACUGCCAAGCCCCCCUCCGCUGGACGGGCCUCCUCCGGUACCAAGACCCGUCCCAAGCGCUCCCAGACCCCCGCAAAGAUACCGCCUCAGACGGUCACCGCCGUCGCCGUGGAGACCAAGAAAGAGACCAGUCGGCCACACACGCCGGAGGCACCUAAGAGCACAGCCAGUGUCCCCUCCAUUUCCGUCUCAGCGGCUCCUGCCACACCCCCUUCUGUGAGCGCACCAAUCACAGCAGCUGCUCCAGUGGCAGCUCCCACAGUUCCCGCCCCUCCAGCAGCUGAGAUGCCCACCCCAGCUGCCCCAGUCACUCCAACCACUCCAGUUACCCCAGUCGCCACGGCAACCAGCCCGGCUGCCCCAGCUGCUCCAGCUGCCGUGGUUACCCCUGUUGCCAAGCCGACUGCUGGUACUAAUGACCCAGAGGAGGCGUCUCGCGUUCUGGCGGAGAAACGACGUCAGGCCCGCGAGCAGCGCGAGAGGGAGGAACAGGAACGUCUAGAGCAGGAACAGAGGAACAAAGUCCUGCGUGAGGAGUUUGCUGCUCGUGAGGUGGAGGAGAGGAGGCGCCGGGAGGAGGAGGCACGCCUGAUGGCCGAACAGCAGAAGCUCAGGGACGAGGCUCAGAGGCUGCAGGAGGAGAGGGAGGCGCAGCAGAGGGCCCUCGCCAAGCAGGAGGAGAAUGUGCGCCUUCAAAGACAGAGAGAGGAGGCCGAAUCGAAGGCAAGGGAGGAAGCCGAGAGGCAGCGGCUGGAGAGAGAGAAGCACUUUCAGAAGGAGGAGCAGGAACGACUGGAGAGGAAGAAGCGCCUUGAGGAGAUCAUGAAGAGAACCCGUCGCAAAAGUGACGUAGGCGAAAAGAAAGACACUAAACCUCCAGUCCAAAUCAAUGGAAAGGACACAAACUCAGACCAGCAGACAGACAAAGCUCCAGGCAACCAGCAGGGAUCAUCUGAGAUGCUGAGAAAUGGUGCCACAAAUUUGGGCCAAUCACAGAUUCAAGAGAGCCCAGCUGCCUGGGACUCAGCCCCUGUUCUGAACGGGGUCCAGCCAGCCAAACACCAGAACGGCCUGUCACCCAAUGGAGACGCAGCUGACUUUGAUGACAUUAUCCAGCUGUCUAAUCAUAGUGGCAGUGGCAAUGUUGGCCAGGACAAACCAGCCAAUAGCAACACAAUCCUGGCCUUUGAUGAAGGUGACCCCUUCCUGAUGAAAGGUGGUGCUAUGAAGACCCACCAUGUCACAGAGGUCCUCUGAGUCAUGUGUCCAUCUUUGGCCUUCACCACAGCGAACUGAUAUGUGUGACACAGCGCCAGCUUCCAGAAUGAAGUGUGCCAAAUAAUAAUCAUGUUGAAAAAGCAAAACACAAAAUAUCUGAAAGACUGCUCUUACCGUAGAACACUAUAAAGACAUCCAUGGCCAGCACUUAGCAGUUACCGUAAAACAUGGAGAAUCUGCAUCUCUACUACUGGACAUUCAUCUUAAAGAAGAAAAAAAGAGGAAAAUGCAAAACUAAAAAAAAAAUAUUCAAACAACAAAAAAAUCUGUCUGCUUCACUGCUUUACAUGGUGCAACGUUGUUGAGUUUUAUUGAAUUGUCACUUGCAGAUUUUGUUAUGCACCUCAAGAGACUGACAAUAUAAUGAAUUUUAGAGUAUAAAAACUAAGAAAUACACAGUAUUGUUAUAAUUAUAAUUGUUGUUAUUGUUACAUAUGGCUGUUGUUCUCCACCAUUGAUAAACAGUGUGUUUUUGUCUUGAAUUGUUGAGUUAUUUAAUUUCAGAUGCAUCAUGGGAAUGGGGAACAGUGUAUGUAAAUGUAUAUGAGCCUGAACAUGGAUGACCUGUGGAAUAAAGCUUUAUGAAAGGGA